AAUUUCUCUCCAGGAUCGGCAGAAGCGAGAUCACAACAACACGGGGACGAGGACUUCGAGCUCCAAAUCCAAAAAGGCACUGAGGGGGAAAAUGAAAGCCGUUUGGGAUAUCUGCUUGAUUUUCCUCACUCUGCACGUUCCUGGCGCGCUGUCCUUCUCCACACAGGUAGCAACCAUCUACCCCCAGGACCCCGCCCUGACCAUUGGGUCCAGUCUGACUGCCACUUGUUGUGUGAACCCUGACCUUGGUGUCCACGCCAGCUCUCUGUUCUGGACACUGAACGGUCGCCGACUGCCCAGCUCCUCGUACAGAGUUCUGAGCCCAACGGCCCUCAGUGUGACAUUGGCCAGGCUCCCCGCUUCCCGGCAACGCUCUGGCGACAACCUGGUGUGUCAUAACCCUGGGGGACAUGUCUUGGCUGGUUCCUGCCUCUAUGUUGGCCGCCUCUACCAGAGUCGCUGUGUGAUGCUGUAA